CCGCUUCAAAAUGGCGGAUGCUGUUACUGUGUGAGAUAGGGAUAUUGAGUGGGGAAAAAAUAACUUAAGUAAUUCGUGCAACGGCAGUCAAAAGUUAAUUUAUGCGAAUGUUAAAGUAUUGAGUUCUUUACUUUUCCAAAGUGGGAUUACGACUGUAAAAAUGAAAAGCAAAGAGCGGUCGCCCGUGAAGAAGCGCUCGCGGACGUCGGACGAUACCCGAGACAGAGGAGGAAGCCACCCGACCAGUAAGAAAAUGGGGACUCAUUCGGUUUCGGGCGGCGGCAAUGGCGAGAACAGUGCGGCUAAAGGCGAGGGGAGUUCGGCAAGAAGGAGCUUAAUCGCCGAAAAGAGGGAGGGCCGCGAUUUCGACGGACACGGUUCCAGUCGGGUCGGCAGCAACGGAGCUGCUAGCUCGAGCGGCAGGAACCACACCAGCCUCGCGCUGGAUCCCAGUGCCGCCAGGAGCAGUUCGCGCGGGGAGCCGCGGCCUCCACUCGCCAGCACGGAAAGUGAGUACAAAACCCUCAAAAUAAGCGAACUGGGCUCGCAGCUGAGCGACGAGGAGAUCGAGGAUGGCCUCUUCCACGAGUUCAAGAAAUUCGGGGACGUCAGUGUGAAGAUCAGCCGGAUAAAUGACGAGAGGGUCGCGUUCGUCAAUUUCCGGAGACCCGAGGACGCUAGGGCGGCCAAGCAUGCCCGCGGGAGACUCGUGCUGUAUGACCGCCCUCUGAAGAUCGAAGCUGUGCUCCUGAACCGCAGGAGAAGUCGAUCUCCCAUCGAAAAAGACACAUACGUCCCUCUUUCUGCACACAGGCAUUUGCACACCCAGAGACCGUUAUCCCCCACCGGGCUUGGAUACAGAGACUAUAGGCUGCAGCAGCUAGCACUGGGUCGCCUACCCCCACCUCCACCACCACCUCUGCCCAGAGACCUGGAAAGAGAAAGGGAGUUUGUUUUCUAUGAAGCCAGGGCACGCCCUGCAUACAUGACUGAGCGGGCGGCGUACAGGGAGGAGGACCUCAUUGCUCCUGAAGAUGACCAGAGGGCCAACAGGACGCUGUUCCUAGGCAAUCUGGACACCUCUGUGACUGAGAGUGAUCUGAGGAGAGCGUUUGACCGGUUUGGAGUGAUAACUGAGGUGGACAUCAAACGGCCCACCAGGGGGCAAAGCAGCACGUAUGGCUUCCUGAAGUUCGAGAAUCUGGACAUGGCACACCGGGCCAAGAUCAGCAUGGCUGGCAAGGUGGUGGGCCGCAACCCCAUCAAGAUUGGCUAUGGCAAGGCCACGCCCACCACCAGGCUGUGGGUUGGCGGCCUCGGACCCUGGGUUCCCCUGGCAGCAUUGGCCAGGGAGUUUGACCGUUUCGGCACCAUCAGGACUAUUGACUACAGAAAGGGGGACACGUGGGCUUAUAUUCAGUACGAGAGCCUGGAUGCCGCUCAAGCCGCCUGCACCCACAUGCGCGGCUUCCCCCUUGGGGGCCCAGACCGGCGCCUUAGGGUAGACUUUGCUGACACUGAGCACCGUUACCAGCAGCAGUUCCUGCAGCCGCUGCCUCUGCCGCACUAUGACCUUGUAGCAGAGUCCUUCCUCCACCGUGCUGGUCCAGAGGCUCUGAGAGUCAGAGAGAGGACCCCGCCGCCACUGCACUUCAGGGAGCGAGAGCUGUAUUCUGCUGCUGAGUGGCCAGGCCCAGCUGCCCGUGAGCGUGUGCGGGUGGCAGCCCUCGAGUCCCUGGAGCAUCUGGAGCGUGAGCUGCAGAGCCGUGACGCCGCCCGCAAGCGGCGCCUCCAAGAGGACAGUCGACGUCUGGAGCACUCCCCAGACGGCGGUGAGCGUGCGCGACGGCGACGGGCCCCUUCUGCCGAGCAGAGCCCCGAGGGGAGCAGCCGAGACGGGGGCCGCUAUAGCGACUCAGAGCGCCCCCUGCGCCCCGACAGACUUUCACCAGCCAGAGAGGAGCGUGAACCUGUGGAAAAGAGGCCGAAAACCCAGCGUCCCACAGAGGCGUCUUCAGCCACACCUGCCGGAUCAUCUGGAGCCAAGCGCAAAGUCAGCGGCACCAACAAGAGCCCAGCUAAGAAGGAAGAGAGGGUGGAGCAAGGCUCCUCCAGGGGGGGACAACAGGCAAAGCAGGAGGCUGGAGGAAAGCUGACUUUGGCCUGGCAGGGCAUGCUCCUGCUGAAGAACAGCAGCUUCCCAUCCAGCAUGCACCUCCUCGACGGGGACCUGGGCGUGGCCACCAGCCUUCUCCUCGACAGUGCCACGGGCAGUCAGGUGGCCCAGCUGAAGAUCACACAGCGUCUCCGCCUGGACCAGCCCAAGCUCGAUGAGGUGUCCCGACGCAUCCGGGCGGCCGGUCCGGGUGGCCACUCCGUCCUGCUGGCAGUCCCGGGCGGCUCGGAGGACGGCUCAUCGCCAGACCGGGCUGCCUCUACUCAGCGGCCCCUGCGCAACCUGGUCUCGUACCUCAAGCAGAAGCAAGCAGCCGGAGUCAUCAGCCUGCCCGUGGGCGGCAGCCGCGACAAGGACAACGCGGGUGUUCUUCAUGCCUUCCCUCCCUGCGAUUUCUCUCAGCAGUUCCUGGAUUCCUCAGCCAAAGCUCUGGCCAAAACGGAGGAGGACUACCUGGUCAUGAUCAUUGUCCGAGGGUCAUCCUGAAACUGGGGAGAAGGGGGGGGGAGCCUUGUCCUCUAUCACAGCACUGCAUGCACUCUUCUGUGCAUUUUGGGUUAUAGUAUCAUUUUUCCGAGACGUUCAUUCGUUAAAUUACUGGUUUAAGAGUAAUAGCAAGUCGGCUUCCAUUACUGUCCAAUCAAGGCAUUUGAAAUGGAUAAUAGCAAUUACAUCCAGAAACCUUUUUAGACGUUUCAAAGAAGUCAGUGUCACUUAAAUGUAAAACCCUGCAGUUUGGUAUAUUCCAAAAAAGCGAAUAGUCAUCACAGGAGUUAGUGGAAAGCAAGUGUAUAGUCGCAGGCCUGUUUCUGCAUGUCUGUUUAAGCUGAACAGUUAUGAUGCUGAAAGUCUUUGUUAUAACUGCCCUUUACAGGUUCUUAAAUUUGAUGUUCAAGCAUUAAUAUGGCUAGAAACAUAGACUGACAUAGAUGUAAUGAGCCAGAGAGAAAUUGUAAUAUUGCACAUUCAUUACAGGAUUUUUUUAUUUUUAUACAAGUACAUCUUAUUAGGAGGUCUUAGUUAUCGUAAUGAUUGUCUCUCCCAAAAUGCAUAGGUUACUCCGUUUUUCCUGUAGACUAGCCAUUCUGUCCCAUAAGGCUGUACGUGCUGGUUCUCCUGUCAUUGUCAUGGCCAUAGGCCAUCGCUGUCCACGAAUGAAUGCGCGACUAUACACUCCUCCUCAUGUGUUCUAUAACACAAAAGAGCAGGUUCCAGACACAGCACCUGAGUGAAGUAAGUGUAAGAGCAAAGUGAAUUUUUUUUUUUUUAAUGUUUUAUAUAUUUUUUUGCUAGGAUGAUUCCCUUAUCUGAUGCACAGUGCAGUGUAAAAUUUCAUGUCAAAUUACCUUCAGUUUUAAGGUUUGUUCAUCAAUUUUUGCAUGAGUCAGGUUUUGGGGAGUCAUUAAAAUUGUUUAGGGAUUAAAAGGGUUUUCAGAUGUAACUCUGAGUAGCCAAUCUCUAUUUUGAUUGACUUGAUAGACCCCCGGCUUGUGAUAACCACAGACCACCAAGGGCAGGUAUAUGGCACAGCCUUCUGAUUGAGAAUUCAGUGAAUGGUUGUGAUCCUCAGUUCUACACCUUGAAAAUGGAAAAUGUUUAUGGAAUGAAUCAAAUUGAUUGUUUUUGUAAAUGAUGGUUCUGUAGAGACCAGGGAUGUGAAGUUUCCUGUGUGUGUACUGGUUUUCCAUUUACCUGUCAUUCGUAAUCCACUUUACUAUUUAAAUUUUCUGCCUAAAUACGUGUAUGAAACGUGUUUCCCCAGAAAUAUGGCAGCAAGCAUGAAAUAUACUUUAUGAUAACUGAAAUACCAACAUUUUAAGGCAAACAAAUUCCAUAUGAGUCAGGAGGUUUCUGUCCUGCAGUUGGCAGCUCUGCAACUAGGUGGCACUAUCCCAUACAAGUGUUUUGAGUUAAUCCCAUGGCUCAUAUGUUGCGAAUGAAAGGUCGCUUGGAAAACCCACUUAUUUUUGCUGCAAAACAUGUUCUUUACAUACUUGCUACUCACACAACUUUGUCUUGACUGUGCGUUGUAGUAAGACUGUAGUAACAGUUAAAGGGCAUCUUGUCCUGCCUUAGGAGGGCUGAGGACUCUGCAAGUUUUGUCUUCCAGUGCUCAGUUUGUUGUCAGGCACGUGGACAAUAGCAUUACCCAUAAGGGUGAGUAGUUCACUAUUAUUUUGCUAAAAUUUGUAUUUAAUGUGUUUAAAGCUGGCACACAAUAAAAACUCAGACCCAUCAGCCCUUCCGAAGGAUACAUGCAUUUCCCUGAUUCACAGGCAAGCACUGGAAGAUUUCAGAUCUGAGAGAGCUGUAGUAAUCUCAUCAUCCAGUUUGUCUCCGUCUUCUGAUUAUGUGCCACCUGGUGUCCAAGAACCUUAAUUUCAAAUUCCUGUAAAUGUAACCUCCAGUGAAGGUUAAAAAAGUGCAGCCUCAUCUGCAUAAUAAUGAAUUUUAAGUAUUUUUGUUAUGGCCGUAUCUGUGCGCAAACAAAAUUCUCAAUUCCCUCACAGUGGUACUUGUGCGUGUGUAUAUAUGUAUAUAAUUUUGUUUACUGUGUAUCAGAUCAGCAGUCACAUAAACAAUAUGUGUUAUGUAUGAUACUGUUGCCCCAGGUUCAUUUGGCUUCUUUGCACGGACCAUGCAAUUUGUGAUAAUGAGGGGGGCUGGUCAAUUUUUGGAGGGGAAGACUGAACAUGUCCUCAGACCCGAAACUGCAAUGAAAUACGCGAUCAAGUGGCAGAUCAGCCCAUUGUGUGGGUCUCCAUCUGUGGCAAUGGUGAUGCCUUUUAUAAUAUCCAGAAGAAAUUGUAUGCUUAAAAAAAUACAUAUAUAAUCUAGGGCUGUUUGUUGCUUUCGGUGUUUACAUUUGUCAGUAGGGGAUACGAUGCUGUUCAAAAUUUUGUGAUGUACUGAUGUUAAAGUGGGUUUCGGAGUUGUCUGUAACCGAACUCUGUUGUGUUAAGGGAUAUAUGUAUUCCUCAUGCAAAGCACUCUUCAGCUUCUCGUAAGGAUUGCCGCCACUUCAUCUGGGACGUCCAGUCGGCUCACAGCGGAGUCACCAGGAAGCCUCUCCCCAUGGUUGGAAAGAGGGGUUCUCCGUUUUACUGUUGGCACAUUCCCCUUGGGGGGACAGCUAAAAGUUCUGUAACUUCGUUUGUGGUGCCAAUUCCCAUGUGUUAAGUGGAAAAAAAAAAAUGACCUUUUUGCUUUGUGCUGUGUACGCCCGAUUUCUGGGAAAAGGUUAAGGAAUCACCUUCUGCAUACCUCUGAGGAGUGGCUGUUGACACGGUGUGCUUUCGCACACUCUCGGUUGGUUUCAGUCUCAAUAAAUUGUGUUUCUUUUGAAGAAAAAACAAAA